AUGCGAGGGGCGGAUAGCAGUGGGGGGCGUGGUGGGGGGCGUGGUGGGGGUGGGGGAGCGGGAGGGCGGGGAAGGGGCCCCCUUCUGGACAGAGACGAGUUCCGGGUCAUCAGCAGCUAUUGGCCGGAGUACUUUCCCGAUGAGGGAGCGGACGGAGCGCCCGAGAAUGAUUCUCGGCUGUUCGCCGCGGGGGCUUUUCGAGACUUCUUCCUGGCGGGGGCUGGCGACGAUGGAGGCGAACACCCAUGGCACCCGGGCGGCUCCAGCCUUCUUGAAGGGUGUGAUCUCGAGACGUGCUCCUCCGUUCGGCUUGACUACCACCUUUUCCUGGAGGCGGUACCGAUGCCUGAUUUCGCGAAGGAACUUCAGGAGAGACCGACGAAGGUGAUAGCGUGCGUGGGGCUUGGCCUCUGCCUGGCGAGACACCACCUCUGCCCCGAGGGGUCGGUGGCAGCCGUGCGGCGGCGGGGCAAGGUAACGGCACGCUUUGAUGGAGCCCUCCCGGUGUGGGGAAUUUCGGAGCUCAAGUCCAAUGCCGUAGGGAAGUUCGUUACCGUGGUGGGCAACGUGGUGCGAGUGUCCGGCAUCUCGGCCAUGGUCCUCAAGGCCAGCUUCGCGUGCCCGAAGUGCGGCUGCGAGCAGACCAGACAGUUUGUUGACGGCAAGUUCAACCCUCCCACCUCCUGCGCAGGCACCAACUGCAAAGCCAGGAGCUUCGAACUCUUGCGGAACACGGCGACGACGGUGGACUUCCAGAAGAUCAAGCUGCAGGAGAUCGAGGACGACACCUCGGAGGCGGGGAGGAUCCCCCGCACGGUGGAGGUGGAGCUCCACGAAGACCUCGUCGACACGUGCAUACCAGGCGACGUAGUUACGGUGUCAGGGGUGGUCAAGUCCGUCAACGCGGAGUUUGCUUCGGGGAGGGUGAACAAGCGCGCCAAGGCCAGUGGGCUGUAUCUCAUCUAUCUCGAGGCCAACUCGCUCGUGAAUGCCCGACAGGAUGAUGGGCAGGCGGGCGGAGAAGAAGGCAAAUCGAGCAACACGGAGCGCAGCAAAGAUAGCAGCGGCGGCGCCAGGAGCAAGAGCACGGCUCAUUUUACCCCGGAAGAGCUACAGGGCAUCCUCCAGAUAGCGCACGACGACGACCCAUUUGGUCUCGUGGUGUCCUCGCUCUGCCCGUCCAUUUUCGGCCACGAGAUCGUGAAGGCUGGGCUGAUACUCGGGCUGUUCGGGGGCACGAGCAGGAACAGCGAAGUAGCCACACGGUGCGAUCCGCACGUUCUCGUCGUCGGGGACCCUGGCCUGGGCAAGAGUCAGAUGCUCCACGCGGCUAGCCAGGCGUCCCCGCGAUCCGUGUACGUCUGCGGCAACACCACCUCCACCACGGGUCUCACGGUGACGUUGAGCAAAGAAGGUACCUCCGGGGAGGUCGGCCUUGAGGCGGGGGCGCUCGUGCUUUCAGACCAGGGCACGUGCUGCAUCGACGAGUUCGACAAGAUGGGCUGCGACCCGCACGCCCUUCUCGAGGCGAUGGAGCAGCAAAGGAUAUCCAUUGCGAAAGCGGGCGUGGUGGCGUCUUUGUCGGCCAGGUGCUCGGUGCUAGCAGCUGCCAACCCAAUCGGCGGGCACUACAACCGCGGCAAGACCAUCGCCGAAAAUCUCAAGAUGAGCGCGGCGCUUCUAUCUCGGUUCGACCUCGUGUUCAUCCUCCUGGACCGUCCUGACGAGGAGCACGACAAGAGGCUCUCCGAGCACAUCAUGCGGACACACGCUCUCGCCGCACAGCCUGCCCCCGAUCCCGGCGCUCCGCCUUCUUCGCAGAACGCUUCCGGUUACAAUCACCGGGCAAAGAACGAUCCACGUUUCGGCCAGCGGGGUGCUGGUGCGGCCACGGGCCGACCCCGAACACCUUGGGGUCGGCCAAGCUUUGGCGAUGGCGCUAGUGAUGGUGGAGGUGGCGGAAACGUUGGGGAUGAUGAGGGAAGAACGCUGUCACAGCGACUCCGGAGGUCAGCAGCGGUGUACAAAGAUGACCCGAUCCCGACACAGCUCCUGAAGCGGUACGUGGCUUACGCGAGGGAACAUUGCCACCCCUCCCUCACCCUCAAGGCCGCGAGGGUGCUUCAGAAGCUGUACCUGACGAUGAGGAACGAGGCGAGAGAUGGCCGAUCCAUGCCUAUCACCAUGCGUCAGCUGGAGAGUCUCGUCCGCCUUUCUCAGGCGAGGGCGAAGGUAGAGCUGAGGGAACACGUGACGGAGCAAGAUGCCAAGGACGUGGUGGACAUGAUGCAGGAGUCGCUGCUGGAGGCGUGCGUGACGGACACGGGGGCGAUCGACUUCGGACGCUCGGGUGCUACCGGCCUGGCCAAACAGGUCCGUACUUUCGUGGCGGCAGUGACCAAGCGGGCAAAGCAGAAAGGGUCGGCGGUAUUCCCGCGGCAGGAGCUGAUGCAGAUCGCCAACGACCUGUGCCUUGCCAUUGUGGAUUUCGAAGGCUUUCUUGACGUCCUUCGACAGGAGUGCUACCUCCUGAAGAAAGGCCCGCGGUUGUUUUCGCUUCAGAGCUCAGACUUCGCGUUAACAGGCUCUCAGUCUUCCCAGCGAUAGCGUUGAUCGCGCUGUCGCUAGGCGAUGCGCGUAGGCAAGGAAAGUUGAGCCUGUCUUCCUGGCCAAGACUUUCCUCGAGCAGAGAUGGGUAGUAAAGAAGCGUAGAAUUCGUUGGAGAAGCGUUGGCGUUGGGAGAACAGACGAAACUGAACAAAGAACAUGGUGAGGUCCAUCAAGGGUGUGCUAGCGUUGUGACACGAAGAGACAGUCAGGGCUUGGAUAGACGCCGUGUUUGUCAGAGGCGAUCGUCGACGAUGGUUGAGUCAAUCCGCCGUAUGCCCGCUAAAUAGCUUCUAGCAGCUUUAGGUUUGCCCUUGCAUGUGGCCGGUGGAUGCUGC